UAUAUAUAUAUAUAUAUUUGUGUCUGAGUCAUUAUCCUCAAGCUAAAAUAGGUAGGUCUGUAAAAGUAAACUUUGUCGUGGCCAGGACGCGCCCCAACUGACUGAAUAUACGUAGUCCAUAUGCAACAGAUGCAUGCAUAAAUAUAUGCAAAUAUAUACACUUGUUUAUAUAUAUAUUAUUGUAGCUCGUACUUGUUAUAUACAAACAUACAUAUGUAUAUCCACAUAGGUACAUAGUUAAUUUGUAGCUUGUUUUCAAAGUCGUUCGCGUUAAUUUAUGUAUGAAAAAACGUUUCAUAUUCAUUGCCACUAAAUACAUAAUACAUACAUAUUGUAUGUAAAACAGAUUUAUUUUAACAUAAGUACAUAUGUCUUGUGUGCGAAAAUGUGUACUUGAAAAUGUUACUGCUAUCUGAAUAUCUGCUAUAAUAUACACAAAUAUGACGAAUCCAUUUUUCUAAUUGGAGCAAAAUAAUAAAUUAUGAUAUUUUACAUGAUUAAAAGCUUUACUAGUGUCUGUGUAUUUAUUUGUAUUGAAAUGGUUGACACACAACGAGAAUUUGCAUGCCAUAUAAGGAGAAGGCUUGGCAACACUCUUUGCAAUUUUUUUGCUCAAUUCGAUGGAGUAGAAGAUUGUGUUAAGGGUUCGUUCACAACAGAAAGAAAGACGAUGAAUAACAAAGUUGAUAGAUUAGAUACUUUAAUGGACUCUCUAUCCUCUGAAAGCGGAGCGGAAAUUAGUGAAAAUUAACCAUGGGUAAUCAACCAGUAGCUCAAUUGAUUACCGCUGAGAAUCUUCACGGUGGCUCAGCUUGACGACUGUAAAAUAACCACUAAAAAAUAAGUUGUCCAUACUAGAACUUGAUUUUGAUAAGUUAGUUUGUAUGGAAGCUAUAUGCUUUAGUGGUUCAACCUGAACAAUGUAUUCGAUGCAUUUUGCAAUUUUGUGAAUACAUCUUGGCAAAUAAAAGGUUUUUCCCGCAAGGACUUGAUUUUAUUCGACCAUUGUGUAUGGCAGCUAUACGCUAUAGUAGUUGGAUAUCGCCGGUUCCGACAAAUGAGCAGCUUCUUGGGGAGAAAAGAACGGUUGAAAAUCGUUCAUCGAAAAUCAGAUCGACAUCUCCAAAACUGGGGGGUUAGUUCGCGAAAAUGUAGACAGACAGACAGAAAGAUAGACGCGCUUUGGCAAAAAAUCCACUCAGCUAGUAACGCUGAUCAUUUAUAAAUAUACUUAAUAGGAUCUCCGAUGUUUCCUUCUAGUUAUAUUCUAUGCAGGGUACAAAUAUGGAUUUGUUCUAACAUCCUGAAAAAACGAAUUGCCCCAAUCGCCUCGCCCAAUUACCUAGAAGUUCUUCAAAGCAUGUUUACAACAUCACAUCUAUGUACAUUGUUACAAAUUAAUUUACAAUAAAUAAUAAAAUCGUUUCGAAGUUCUGUUUACAAUUGUCUGGAAAUGUGUUAAUUACAGCAAAUAACUGUUUUAGUAUAGAAUACCUGCUAAAUACAGUUACCUAAGAUAAAUUACUAAUUAGCGUAACUUAACCGUACUUUAAUGUGUGUACACUUGUAUUAAUGCGACAUUUUUCCGCUUAAUUAACUUACGCCGGAAACUUUUACAUGUAUGUGUGUGUUAAUCGAUGAGGCAAAGCAACAAUGAUUCAAUACAUUAAAAUUGUAUAAGUAAAAAAUAAGUUUUUUUUUUAAAUUAAAAAAAAAACACACACAUAAUAAAGUAUUAAAAACUAUUUACAAGCGUUUAACGAAUUGCACAUGUCCGAUCGCAUUGAGUCGAGCCUCUUUUAUGCACUACCAGUUCAAUUAUUCAGUCAUUAUGAAUUCUAUGGCGCUCAGCGGCCUUAAUGGGGCUUAUUAAAGUCAUAUCAACACGCACUCACACACCUAAUUAUAUACAUAUGUAUAUGUAUGGAUGUAUGUAGAGGUACCUGAGAAAUGCCACAGGGUCAUAAUGUUUAAAUUGACUGACUUCGAAAAUUGUUUGUCAUAUACAAAUCUUGCUUAAUUGAGGAGAAUAAUAACAUGCAUGCUUUCUUAGAUGCAAGGAGACGGGUUCAAUGUACUUCGUCAACAUUUAGUCUCAGCAUGCGAGAAUGCGUGAAUUUGCAUUCACAGCUUGUGCGUUUCUCCAUAUGGAUGCAUAUGUGUGUGAAUUUGUGAAUGAGAAUGUUACACACACGCGCGUACUUAUAAGCCAUGUCAAUUGAGUUGACGUCUAAAGAAGACUUCACUAUUGAAUAUAAUUUAAUAAAAAUGCAAUGAAAUCAUAACUAUCAACUUAAAAAUAGGCCAACGAAAUCAAUUCUAGUGGAAAUAUCAAUUAACAAUUAAUGUGCAAAGAAUGAAUAAACUGAAAUAAAGUUUACUGAAAAACUAAACGUCGACGAAAAAUAUACCAUAUAUAACUGUAUUCUUAUAUAUGUACAUAUACAUACUACUACUACGUACUAUAAGCACAUCUCAGCCUUUUGUAAAGUAAAUAAUAGAAAUAACCAUAUUUCCAAAUUUUUUAUGCAGACAAAAGUAAGUAAGUUUUAAUGGCGUGUUAUGAGCACCCUGUUGUCAAAUUAACCGAUUACUGUUUCAUCUCUUCCGCGUCAUCUGCUGUUUGUAAAUAUAUAUGUAAACAUAAAACAGCUGAUUGAUUUAUUUAUUAAAUUUUUAAUUUAUUCAAAAGUUUUUGGCAGUGAAUAAUAUACAUUUACAGAAUUUAAUAUAAUUUAAUACUCAGUGACUAAUUUUGCAAGAUUUUGUAUACCCUCGAUCUCGUAGCCGAUCUACAGAAAGACCUCCGAAAAAAGUUAUCUGGCGAUAUGCUAUCAUGUCGUCAAGUACUUAAUAUACUCACCAUGCUUGGCUUCAUGUUGAACUAUGCAUUGCGCGUAAAUCUGACAAUAGCCAUUGUGGCAAUGGUGCAUCCAGAUGUGCAUUCGCCACCGCGUACGGUCGGCAAAAUGAGUGCCGCACAACUAGUUGAUAAUGCCACAGCAGCAUCAACAACAACAACAACUACGACAACGACAACAACUCAGCUGCCACCAGCUGACGAUGGAAAUGAUUACUUUCCAUGGGACUCUUAUCAAACGAACUUUGUACUAGGUUCCUUUUUCUGGGGUUAUAUAUUAACUGAACUGCCAGGCGGUCGACUUGCUGAACUAAUCGGUGGACGGCGUGUCUUCGGGCAUUCCAUGCUCUGGGCUAGUUUGCUUACACUGAUUACACCAUUGGCGGCACAUAUUAAUUAUAUCAUGUUAAUUAUUGUACGCGUUGUGUUGGGCUUUAUGUUGGGCGCAUCUUGGCCAGCUAUACAUCCUGUGGCGGCUGUAUGGAUUCCACCAAUGGAACGUUCUAAAUUCAUGUCGCACAUGAUGGCUUCCUCCUUGGGUGCAGCUAUAACGAUGCCUGUUUGCGGAUACUUCAUUUCCAUUUGGGGUUGGCCCAGCGUUUUCUAUUUGACCGGUGGUAUUGGCCUUUUGUGGUCUAUCUGCUGGUUCACCUUUGUUUAUGAGACACCCGCCACACAUCCGCGUAUCAGCUCUGAGGAACGGCGCGAAAUUGAGGAUGCCAUUGGCAGCUCUACUUCCAAGAAACGUCCCAGCUAUGUGCCAUGGUGCGACCUGUUUAGCUCAGCACCUGUGUGGGCAAUUGUAAUUACUCACGGCUUAUCUGUAUUUGGCUUUUUCACUGUCGUUAAUCAGCUGCCAACAUUUAUGGAUCAAAUAUUACAUUUUAACAUUAAACAAAAUGGACUUUUCUCCUCAUUGCCGUACUUGGGCAAAUAUAUAAUGGCUUUCAGUUCGUCCUGCUUUGCUGAUUAUCUACGUCAGCGUGGUGUGCUAUCUACAACGGCCACAAGAAAGGUGUUCACCGGUUUUGCACUGAUAUGCCCUGGUACCUUGAUGAUUGCGCAAAUAUUUUUGGGACGCGAUGCAGCGUGGUCAGUGACAAUCUUUACUUUGGCUUUAUUCACGCACGGCGCUGUAACAGCAGGCUAUCUUGGCAACGGCUUGGACAUUGCGCCCAAUUUCAGCGGCACCAUUUUCGGUUUGGCCAAUACGCUCUCUUCAUUCGGCGGCUUCUUGUCGACGUGGAUGGUGGGUGCGCUGACCUAUGAUGAUAAAUCAUAUCAUCAAUGGCAAAUAGUUUUCGGCAUACUGGCAGUCACUUACAUUUCCAGCGCCAUUGUUUACAUAAUUAUGGGCUCCGGUGAACUACAGCCUUGGAACAAUCCACCAGAGAAGCAACGCAGAUCUGUUGUUAGUGCCGAGGAGGGUGAACCAUUAAAGAAUGAGAAGGCACAUGUCUUGGAAGAUGCUCUGAAAUGAGCAGGUUAUUUCGGAGUUUAGUAAAAAUUAAUGUAAAAGUAUGAUGUCAGCAUUACUUUGAAAAGCAGAAGGAAAACUGUUACACAAAAAAGUUUAAAGUAUUAGAGAAAUAUUUUCAGGCCACACGAAACGCCUUGUCGUCAACAUAUUAAAAGUAUUUUUUGCUACAAGGUUAUGUUAUGUUGGUAGAAAAUAUAUUUGUAAUGGAAAAAGCAAUUAAGGCCAAUCUCAGUCACUCAUUUAGUUAUGUGCACCCCCACCUAAACGCGUAAUGCCAUAAAUAGUGAUUGAACUUAGUGUUAGAGAUUCAUCAAAUUCGACUUUAAGCCAUAAAUAUGUACAUGUAAUAAAUAUAAAAAGUUUUGCAUAUAAAUAGAAUAGGAAUAUUGGAUGGUUUGGAUAAAUACUCACAUUUCAUUGUGAGUAAAUUCGCAACGUUCGUGCCAUUCCAAGACUGGUAGAGCGGAGAAUAACAAAACAUGCAACUUAAUACUGAAAAGACUUGAAAUAUUUGCCUUUAUGUAAAGUUAUUUAAUAAAUAUUAAAUAGUUAAAUUAAUACUGGUUUCGUACAAACACAUGUGUAUGAUAAUGAUAUUUUCUUAAAUCAUAAAAAGUAACUGUAAGUUUUAACGGGUUUAAUAACGUUUAAACUACUGUCAUACAUAUGACAGCGGAUGAGUUGCCAAACAAGCAAAUUAAAAAAAAAAAAAA